AGCAGAUAUUUUUCUUCCUUUUUUUUUUUUCAUUCGUAUUCGUUUUUGGUAUCUGCUUAUUUCUUAGGGUUUCUUUGUGUUUGGAUCUUCAUUCCUUCGACGCCCAAUUCUAGGGUUUUCUCCUUAUCAGGUCUGAUCUCACAGGGAGGCUUUGAAGUUGAAUUUUUGGCCAAUUUUGAGGGAAUAUUUUUGUUAGAAUUUAAAGUUUGGAAGGGAAUUCUGGGUUUCUUUGUUUUGUCUGAGGUUGUGUGAGGUUUGGUGGUUGUGGAAGGAAAGAAUCGUGGAUUCUGAUGACUACAAAGACAUCAUGGGCAGAUUUGGCUGCAAAUUCUGCAGCUGAGAAUGUGGGUUCUGGUUUUCCUGCUAGCAACGGAGCUGUUGGCACCACCUCAGCUCCUUCCCGAGCUACUUAUGUUCCUCCCCAUCUCCGUAACCGUCGGCCUUCAUCUGAUGCACCUGCACCUGCACCUGCAACUGCCCCUGCCCCUGCCCCUGCCCCUGCCCCUGCACCAGCACAAACUGGACCUGCAGCAAGUAAUGACCGAUCUGGGCAUGGUGGAUCUCGAUGGGGUGGUCCUAGAAAUGAGUAUAUUCGGUCAGGGAAUACUGGUGGUCGUGGUGGUGGAUGGGGUGGAAGAAGUGCUGGCUGGGAUCGUGGGAGGGAGCAGGAGGUCAAUCCAUUUGCAGAAGAGGAUGGUACAGAACAGGCAUUUUGUGAGCAUGAGAAUACUGGUAUUAACUUUGAUGCUUAUGAAGAUAUUCCAGUGGAGGCACGUGGGGAUGAUGUCCCACCACCAGUUAAUACCUUUGCAGAGAUUGACUUGGGUGAAGCACUCAAUUUAAACAUAAGGAGAUGCAAGUAUGUGAAGCCUACACCCGUGCAACGUUAUGCCAUCCCCAUCUCUCUUGCUGGGAGGGAUUUGAUGGCAUGUGCACAGACUGGUUCUGGAAAGACAGCAGCUUUCUGUUUCCCCAUUAUCAGUGGUAUUAUGAAGGGUGCACUUCCACAGAGGCCAUUCCGUGGUGCUCGUACAGUGUAUCCACGGGCCCUCAUUCUUUCUCCAACCAGAGAGCUCUCGGUGCAAAUACAUGAGGAAGCCAGGAAGUUUUCAUAUCAAACAGGUGUCAAGGUGGUUGUUGCUUAUGGAGGAGCUCCUAUUAACCAACAGUUGAGGGAGCUGGAGAGGGGUGUUGAUAUCCUUGUUGCAACUCCUGGAAGAUUGGUGGACUUGCUGGAGCGGGCUAGAGUUUCACUGCAAAUGAUCAGGUACUUAGCCCUUGAUGAGGCAGAUAGGAUGCUAGAUAUGGGUUUUGAGCCUCAAAUAAGAAAAAUUGUAGAACAAAUGGAUAUGCCACCACCAGGUGUACGACAGACAAUGCUAUUCAGUGCCACCUUUCCAAAGGAGAUACAGAGGCUAGCCUCUGAUUUUCUAUCAAAUUAUAUCUUUUUGGCUGUUGGAAGAGUUGGUUCCAGUACUGAUUUAAUUGUCCAAAGAGUAGAAUUUGUCCAUGAAUCUGACAAGAGAAGUCACCUUAUGGACCUUCUUCAUGCACAGAGGGCAAAUGGUGUUCAGGGGAAGCAAGCUCUUACGUUAGUUUUUGUUGAGACCAAAAAAGGAGCAGAUUCACUAGAGCAUUGGUUAUGCACGAAUAGUUUUCCUGCAACUACCAUUCAUGGAGACAGAAGCCAGCAGGAAAGAGAACAAGCACUACGGUCAUUUAAAAGUGGUGCUACCCCAAUCCUGGUUGCGACAGAUGUCGCAGCUCGUGGUCUUGAUAUCCCUCAUGUUGCACAUGUCGUGAACUUUGACCUUCCAAAUGACAUUGAUGAUUAUGUUCAUCGGAUUGGACGAACUGGGCGUGCUGGGAAAACUGGUUUAGCUACUGCCUUCUUCAAUGAGAAUAAUGGAUCACUGGCAAGGCCAUUAGCAGAUCUAAUGCAAGAAGCAAAUCAAGAAGUACCUGCUUGGCUCUCUCGCUUUGCAGCUCGUUCUUCUUUUGGAGGGAGGAAUCGUCGUUCUGGGGGUGUUCGAUUUGGUGCCCGUGAUUUUAGGAGGGAUUCCUCUUUUAAUAGAGGUGGUUCCGAUAAUUACUAUGGCAACAGCAGCAGUGGAUAUAGCGCUUCUGGUGGAUAUGGUGGAGGUGGAGGAUAUACCAGUGCAUGGGAUUGAAAUCCCAUAAUUUACAGUACUUUUGAGUGUCUAAUAUAGCAGACCUUCCCCACUUCAUAGGUACCAUUUUCUGUUUUAUUUUAUGCUGUUGUCUUGUUUCUAGUAAUCUUAGUUGUCGUUUUAUACUAAAGUAGAAGAGUUAUCAUUGUUACAAGUGCGGGGAAAGGUCAGUCUGGUGUCUGUAUCACAGGAAUAGAAGUGUUUAAUGUGUUAGCAGGUGUUGUUGGAGAGAUUCUAACCAAAUAGGUGUUACUUACUCCUCUCCUUUUGUUAUCUUUACUCUUUGCUGGUAAUUUUGUUAGGUGAUGGGUUGUAGAAUAUGUAUUUGGAGAGAGGGAGGGUUUGUGGUUUAGAGCACUUCUUUUUUAUCUCAUAGGCAUAUUCUUUUCAACCCAUUUUGUGGGGCAAAAAAUUAAGGAGGCACGCUGUCUUUACCCUUUUCUUUUUCAAUCUUCCCCCCUGAAAGGCGUUUAAGCCCUUCUGUAAUAUUUCAGUAGAAUAAAUUACUGAGCUUUAUUGGAAAUGAACUUUUAUUUAUAGCUGAACCCAUCUUUGUGCUGGUAGAAUUGGUACAUGCCUACUUGAUCAAUUGUUUCUUGAGUUCAGCUCUAUUGUUCUGCCUGGCUAUAAUGAUCAUUGCUUUUAAUUUUGUCAUGAGAUUCUUUUCAUACCUACAAUCUGCCGUGUUGAUUUGACUAAUUGUGGAAAUACAAUGGAUGCUGGAUU